AUGCCUCCCAAGGCAGGCUUCUCCCGCGCCAAGACUGUGGGCUACGACGACGACGACAUAUACGAUGACUACAGCGAAGAGGAGUAUGUUGGCGAAGGAGAAGGUGAAGCCAUGAGCGAGGAGGACAAGGAGCAGAUGGCUGCCGGUGUGAUCAAAGUCAGGGAGGCGCUGGGAAGCGAGUACAGCAAAGUCAAGGAGGUCGAUAUCCAAGAUGCGCUGUGGAACUACUACUAUGACGUUGGGAAGAGCGUCACUUUUCUCAAGAACAAAUACGCGCCAAAAGCGCCAGCACCAGCGAAACCGAAGGCGGUCUCUCGAUUCGACCAAGCGGCAGGCGCGGCCGAUGCGAAGACACCCACAUCUACCGGUAAGCACAUGUUGAUUUGCGGGACAGAGUCAACGGCCCGCGCUAUGUCGAAUCUGGCCAUUGAUGGCGAGGGUGAGAGCAUCGCGAGCCUGUGCGAGACGCUGAGGGAUGGACUUGCCGCCAUGUCACGGGAAACGCCGUUCACGGAACGAACAGCGCGAAGCCAAGCGUCAUCAUGUGCUUCCGACUACACUUCUGCGCGUACCAAAGACUUCUUCUGGGACGUACCCUGGGGAAAUGUGCCCUGCAGCAGGCUUGCCACCAUCACGGCUCAGCCUGCGACCCAUAAAGGCGGCUUGUUGGGCGGCUCUUCUAAACUGGCGGCGUUGGCAGCGAAGCGGAAGCAAAAGCAGCAGGAGGAAGCCGCAGCGAAGGCAGACGCCGCUGCCAACGGUCUUGCGGCAGACAAGGCUGUGGCAUUGCUCGACAGGCUCAAUAUCAGAGAUAAACCUGCUUCUGCUCCGGUCCGCGAUGACACGAAACCACGAUACCCAAAAAAGCGAUCAGAGACACCUCCACCGCCAGAGCCUGCGCCCGUCGAAGAGGAGCCCAUCCCUGAACCGCAAGGAAUUCGCAUCGAGUUUCCCAACCUGCGCGCCAAACAACCGUCGAUGUUCGGUGCCAUACUUUGCGGUUCUCCGCAGGACGAGCCGAGGAACCAGCAUGUCGAAAGCGCGCUGAACAGCUUCCCGCUGCCCUAUGCGAACGCCAAAGCUUUCACAGAUGCCGACCCUUUCUCGAAACCCAGCCCUGACGACUUGGUCCGGCAGGCGCAAGCACGCAGCGCCGGCGCACCCAAGUCAAAAACGAAGACAAAAGGAAGCACAGACGGAGAGAAGCUGGCAGAAUCAGUGGAGAAGCUCGUGGUUGAGACUAAAGUCAAGAGCAAGAAUCUCAAUGUGGUAGACGAAUACAGGAAUUGUGGCCUAAAAAAAGUGGCUAACUUCGUCGUGAUCGGUCACGUAGACCACGGCAAGAGCACGCUCAUGGGCCGUCUCUUGUACGACCUCAAGGUUGUGGACGAGCGCUCCGUCGACAAACUUCGCCAAGAGGCUGAGACCAUUGGCAAGUCGUCCUUUGCGCUCGCGUGGCUCAUGGAUCAGACUCCGGAGGAGAGAAGUCGUGGUGUGACCGUCGACAUAGCCACAGUACCGUUCGAGACGGAGCAGACCAGCUUUACCAUACUGGACGCCCCUGGACAUCGAGACUUCAUUCCAAACAUGAUUGCUGGCGUAUCUCAGGCGGAUUUCGCAGUCUUAGUAGUCGACGCACAGGAAAACAGCUUUCAGUCUGGGCUCAAAGGUCAGACAAAGGAGCACGCGCUUAUUGUGAGGAGCAUGGGCAUCCAACGCCUCAUAGUCGCUGUUAACAAGAUGGACACUGUCUCCUGGAGCAAAGAACGCUUCGACAAAGUCCGCCAAGCCACAACAGCCUUUUUCGAAACAGCCUCGUUCUCCCUUAAAAACAUUACCUUCAUCCCGUGCGCCGGCCUCACCGGCGACAACGUCACCAAACGUGUGGCCGACGAGAACGCAGAGUGGUACUCUGGCCCUACUUUCCUCGAAGCACUGGAAGCCUCCGAGCCCAAACCUCGUGCCCUCGAGCGCCCGCUGAGACUCACCAUCAACGACGUCUUCCGCGGCUCCGGGCAGAAUCCUCUCAGCAUCUCGGGCCAGAUCGAAGCUGGGACGCUUCAGAUUGGCGAUGUUGUCCUCGCGCUCCCCUCCCGCGAGACCGCCACCAUCAAAGCUAUCGAGCUCCCCGACGGCUCACCUGCAGACUGGGCCGUCGCAGGCCAGAUCCCUACGCUCCAUCUUGUCGACAUCGACGUUGUACAUCUUCGCCUCGGCGACCUGCUCUGCGCGCCUACAGCCCCUGUGCGUCUCGUCAAGAGCUUUACGUGCAAGAUGCUUGCCUUCGAGCAUGUCAUGCCGCAGUUUGUGGACGUGUUUCGUGGGAAGCAACAGGCGACAGGACUCAUCACUGCGCUGGCGAGUAUCUUAGAUAAGAACACAGGCGAGGUAACUCGGAGGAAGCCCAGAAUAGUGAGGCCAGGAGAAGUAGCACGGGUUCGCAUCGAGCUCGAGGGCUCAGCAGGCCUGCCUUUGGAGGUGGGAGGUAGGAUCGUGCUCCGGGACGGCGGGCGGACGGUAGGCGCGGGUUUAUUGGAGUCGUACACAUAG